AUGCCUCGAUCUAUGCAACAUGCGGUAUCUUCUGCUGCACUCCAUGCAGCCAAGAACCACCUCAACGCUAGAGUAAUACGCGACAACAUUGAAAGCCGUGUACAGGAUCUACUCUCUAGCCCUCCAGCAACAACUCCCAUUGAAACUCUUGCAUACGCACAAGCCCUCUUCAUGUAUCAGGUGCUCCGCCUACUGGACAACGACGCCCGGACUUAUGCCAUCUACGAAGCCACCAUGCCUCAUCUCGAAGAAGCAUCUAACGCGCUCAUCCCCUACAUCGCCUUUGACGAAGCAGCAAACUCACCAGAUCACUCAUCAGAUCUGAUUCCACUAUACCCCGCCUCUGCAGCACAUGCAUUCUGGACAAACUGGAUCUUCCAAGAAUCAGCCAAAAGAACCCUCGGCAUGAUAAACUUCUUCAUGUUGACGUACUACUUCAUGAAAGGCGAGUCUGGUAACAGAUGCGGUCAGAACAAGAAUAUGGCUGUGAAUCGCUCUGUUACCAUGUCUGCUCAUUUAUGGAACGCGCAGGAUCCAGUUGACUUUGCACUGGCGUGGCGAAAUAAAAAACACUUUGUGAUAAACGUCGGCGCGCCGAAUUUCUUGGAGAUAAUAAUUCACGAUGCCCAGAAAGAUGACAUUGAUGCUUUUGGCAAGAUAUGUCUAACAUCGUUAAUGGGCCUUACUGAAGCAAAAGGCUGGUUAGCUAUGAAGGGUAUUACUUUAUAA